CUUAUCCACAACACAUCCAUUCACGUAAGAGAGAGCUACUUCCAGAGCUGAGCUAGAGUGAUCCACUCUGUUUGCCAGAGAACAUCACUUCUUUUUGCUGACAAUUUGCAGAGAUAAACUUUCAGAAAAAAAGGUUUUGAACAAAGUAGAGUCACAAUGAUCUUUUUUGUUCCUGUUUUUGCUGUGCUUCUCACUUUGUAUCAGAUUGGGAGGAAUCCUGCCAGUGCGGGGAUGUGCUGGCUGCAGCAGAGUCAGGACCAGAGGUGCGACAUGGUGCUGAUGAGAGGGGUGACCAGAGAGGAGUGCUGUGCCGGGGGCCGCCUGGACACAGCCUGGUCCAACUCCAGCCUGCCCAUGAAUGAGGUCAGCCUGCUGGGCUUCCUCGGAAUUGUCUCUUGUAAACCAUGCAAAGAGACUUGCGAUGGAGUCAAAUGCAGUCCCGGGAAGGUUUGCAGAGUGAAGAUGGGAAGGCCUCAGUGUGUGUGUGCUCCCGACUGCUCUCAAAUUACCCGGAAGCACGCUGUGUGCGGCAGCGACGGGCGGUCAUACAAGGAUGAGUGUACUAUUCUGAUGGCCCGCUGCAUGGGGCACCCCGACCUGGAGGUCAUGUACCAAGGAGACUGCAAAAAGUCGUGCUCCAACGUGGUGUGUCCCGGUACCCACACCUGUGUGACUGACCAGACCAACAGCGCUCACUGUGUCAUGUGCCGCACAACUCCCUGCCCAAUGCCCAUGCUAUCUGAGCAGUCAAUCUGUGGCAACGACAACAUCACUUACCGCAGCGCCUGCCACCUCCGCCGCGCCACCUGCUUCCUCGGCCACUCCAUAGGAGUCCGCCACUACGGCCAGUGCAGCAAUCCUCCUCGGAAACCUCAAGAUUUCGAAGGCAGUGAGGAGAACGCAGUCUAGAUGGACAACUCCUGACUCGGUCCUUUUUCAAGAGACAACUUGGUCGACAAACCUUUCAAAGUUUCACACCACUAGCUUACCACGAAGACCUCUUUUUUGGGCAAUCACUCCCUCAAUCCUUUGUGCACCGAUGACCAUAUAUUUGGAUCUCUGUUGGAAUACAUUAUAUAGUGUAAUUUCCUCAAAAAUAGCUACAAAAACCCUGUGAGAAAUUUGUGCUAAUCUUGUGUUAGUUUGGAAAACAGAAGCAGAUUAACACAUGUUUUGAGUUACAAAUAUAUCAGGCUCUUUGGGAGAUGUGUGCAUAUUGUAAAUAGAAUACCACUACUAUUUAUUGGAGAAGGUAUCAAACUCUAUUUAUGUUUUUAUUAGUUAGUUACAGUUCCAUAUAUCCUUGGUAAAGCUGAUGCAUAAAACGUAUUUAUUGUGUUCGGUUUAUUGUGUUUGUACAAUUGCGGCCACUGGCAUUUUUACAGCUUUUUUACCGUUUUUACGAUCUCGAUGCCACACAAACGUACUGAUUUCCCCAACAGGCUGAUGGAAAGCAUCACUAAUAUGUUUGUAAGUUGUAACCACUUCCAAUGUGGUUUAAAUUCCCCACAAACAAAAAGUACUACAGUUUUACUGUGUGUACUUUUUGUAGUUCUCGUCUGGAAGUGAGGAAGGGGCUUAGCCUAAACAAACCUGUAUAGUCUCUCUAUCCCUCCUACCACACAUGUUUACUCUGGAUCCUGAUUCAAACUCUUUGCCACCCGCAAAAAUUAACAGUUUGGUUUUGUUUGGAGUUUCAGAAGACUGUUGGUACAAACCCAAAGUCCUCUACAAUACCUCCUCUGUUGACUGCUUGGCUUUGUUUUGUAAAUGCAUUUUGGGAGGUUGUGCUAGUUCAAUCUGUGGCUGUUUUGCUGCGAUUAUUCGAUUGAAAUAUUUCCAAGAAUUGCCAGACAAAUGUAAUCAGCAUCAUCUGAUUGAAAGGAAAAUGUAAUUUGUCUGGAAAUUGACUGCAGUUAUCGCCAACUGAACAUACAUGAUUAUACUGCUAUCGGAAAUGAGUCAACCGGUUCAUCGUUGACACUGUAACAUAUCGAUAGAAAUCACCAAUUUCCAGUCCAAUUAAAUCUCUAAACUCAACGCAGACUUAUAAAAUACUUUCAAUAACACUUAUUGUGUAUUACGCAACAUCUCAAUGAAUCUCAUGUAAAUAACAGACUUGUGUGUACCUGCCUGUGUACCUACUGUGAAAUGUGAUCGACAAAUGCAUCAACAUAUUUUUGUAUUUUUGUACUGCCAUUUCAAAACUACAUAAAGUGUAUUAUUUGUCA